GCAAUUUCUAAAAGUUUAUCGGGCCAACUCAUCGAUCCAGUCAGCUGUCAUCAUCGAAGUGUCGAACGCCCCGCUAAGUCGCCGACUCCCUUCGCGGCUUCGCCCUCCGGCAGGCGCCAGCACGCAGCACGCAGCACGGCAGCACCGGCACUCGCCUUACGCCCGUCGCCCGGUCGCCUGCAUUCCGCCACUCACCCUUCGGCGGUUUGGCCAAUCUUCCCUUCUCAAUUUUCACCUUCCAUAGUUCCGACAGGAAUAUGCUGGGGUCAUUGCCCAUAUUGCCUCUCCCUCCUGCUACAGAGGAUGGAAAUCUUGGUCCAUUGCCUCUAGCUCAAUUGACAGAAAAGGACAAAGAUGAUGUUAAGGAAAUGAAUGAGGAGGAAAAGAACAAAAACAGUUCAGCCUUAGCAUCAGUUGCGACCCAUGCAAAAACUAUUGGGAUCAUUUACCCACCUCCUGAUAUUAGAAGCAUUGUUGAUAAGACAUCUCAGUUUGUUGUUAAGAAUGGUCCAGAAUUUGAGAGAAGGAUUGUUCUGAGCAAUGCAGGGAAUGCGAAGUUUAACUUUUUGAACCCCUCAGAUCCUUAUCAUGCUUACUAUCAACACCGCUUGUCCGAGGGCCGUGCACAGAAUUUGGCUUCUGGUCAGCAGCUUCCUUCAAAGAUAGCCGAUUCAGAUGCUUCAGAAUCAGCCCCUUCUGCACCUUCAUCUGAUGCCAUUGAUGCAAUGGCAAGGCCCGACCCAUCUGCACAGUUCAGACCCGUUCGCAAGGUUCUUGAACCACCAGAAGCGGAACAGUAUACUGUUCGGCUUCCUGAGGGGAUCACAGGAGAGGAAUUGGAUAUCAUUAAGCUCACUGCGCAGUUUGUAGCAAGGAACGGGAAGUCUUUUCUGACAGGGUUGACCAGUAGAGAGAUCAACAAUUCUCUAUUUCAGUUUCUGAAGCCUACACAUAGCAUGUUUAUGUUUUUCACAUCACUGGCAGAUGCGUACUCAAAGGUCCUAAUGCCUCCUAAAGGCUUGACUGAUAAACUGAAGAAGAGUGCUGCUGACAUGACGACUGUACUUGAACGGUGCCUAAAUCGGUUGGAAUGGGAAAGGUCACAGGAACAGGCUAGACAGAAAGCUGAAGAUGAAAUAGAAUCCGAGAGACUGCAAAUGGCUAUGAUCGAUUGGCAUGAUUUUGUUGUGGUCGAGACUAUAGAUUUUGCUGAUGAUGAGGAUCAUGAUUUACCCCCUCCUAUGACCCUUGAGGAGGUUAUCAGGAGGAGCAAGAUGUCAUCGAUGGAUGAGGAGGAAGAUUUUGUUGAGCCAGGGAAAGAAGUAGAAAUGGAGAUGGAUGAGGAAGAGGUUCAACUCGUUGAAGAAGGCAUGAGAGCCACUACCAUUGAGGACAACUCUGUCCAGAAUUCUGAAAUUAAGGCAAUAACAGAGGAUCAUGAUCCGCCCAUGAGAAUUGUGAAAAACUGGAAAAGGCCUGAAGAGAGGUCCCUUCCAGAAAGAGAUCCAACAAAGUAUGUCAUUUCUCCUAUAACCGGGGAGAUGAUUCUGAUCAGUGAGAUGUCUGAGCAUAUGAGGAUCUCUCUUAUUGAUCCUAAAUACAAGGAGCAGAAAGAGAGAAUGUUCGCGAAGAUUAGGGACACAACCCUUGCUCAGGAUGAUGAAAUUUCUAGAAACAUUGUUGGGCUCGCUAGGACACGUCCCGAUAUUUUUGGAACCACAGAAGAAGAAGUGUCAAAUGCAGUCAAGGCCGAGAUCGAGAAGAAAAAGGAAGAGCCAAAACAGGUCAUAUGGGAUGGUCACACUGGAAGCAUUGGUCGUACAGCUAGCCAGGCAUUGUCCCAAAACAGUGCAGAAGAUCAGUAUGAUUUUGUAAAUGAUGCAAGGAAUCUUCCGGGCCCACAAGCACCACCUCCUCCCAGGCCUGGGUUGCCAUCAGUUCGACCACUUCCCCCACCACCUGGUCUGGCAUUAAACAUCCCUCGCGCUCCUAAUACUUACCUCUAUCCAACUCAUGGUACCCCUGGGGUUAUUGUUCCACCUCUUCCCAGGCCUCCUGUGAUUAACACAAUCCCACAGUUGCAACCCCCACACCCUACCAACUCACCCAUGUCUGGGCAGCAUCUUAUGGUUAACCGUCCCCCAAUGCACACAUCAAUGCCCAUCAGUGCUCCCAACAUUUCGGUACCAUUACCACCUGGCUCUCAAUAUACACCUAUGGGUCCUCCUCGACCAUCUUUUGUUCCCCAUCCCAUGUCCCAAUCUGGAAUGAAUGUGGUUCCACCACCUCCAAUGCUACCCCAUGGAAUGCCUCCACCACCUCCGCCCGAAGAAGCUCCACCACUUCCAGAGGAACCAGAGCCUAAAAGGCAAAAGCUUGAUGAGUCUAUACUCAUUCCUGAGGACCAGUUCCUGGCCAAGCAUUCGGGACCUGCCCGUAUCAGCAUUACUGUACCCAAUGUUGAUGAGGGAAACCUCAAAGGCCAGGUAUUGGAAAUUUCAGUGCAGUCCUUGUCUGAAACUAUUGGCAGUUUGAAGGAGAAGAUAUCUGGUGAGAUCCAGCUUCCUUCAAACAAGCAGAAGCUGAGUGGGAAGGCUGGUUUUCUCAAGGACAACUUGUCGCUUGCCUAUUACAAUGUUUUUUCUGGAGAAACACUCAAUCUUUCACUCAGAGAACGUGGUGGCAGAAAGAGAUGAAUAUCUAGGGCUUUGUUCUUACUGUUAUGUUAGUUUUUGAGAUUUUAUUUCAUAUGUACCCCUAACAGUGCUUUUUGAGUUUUUUUUUUAAAUUUUAAAUGUCUUUGAGCUGAUGGUAUGGUAAUCCUCAUUCUGACUUUUACAGAAUUCGCAACUUGGUAAGGUACCACUGAAGCUUAUGGGAAGUUUUUAUUAGUUCUAUUUCUAUAAGAUGCAAUUUUACAAUCUGUUUUCUUUUCAUGCCACUAAUUAUGUCUUGUCUUGACAUGCAGCUGACCUCUGUUCCCAAUUGAGCUUUAAUCGGUCUCUAUUGAAAUCUGUCUUAUUCGAUUGUCUUGAUGUUGUAUAUGUUUCUUGCUUCAUGUAUUUUUGGAUGAAUCUCUUCUGUUAGCAGGCAGUAUGUGUUGUGCUUAUUAAAAAACAUAAUUGAAGCUUCAAGUUUCCCUAUGCAAUGUUCAGGUAUCAUAGGUUUCAACACCCAUGCUAUGGCCUGUCUCUUUUGUGUUUUUUGCUGAGUAUAUACGAGAAGAGCAUUCAAAGGCGUGCUGCUGCCCUAUAUGCAACUGCCAGGAAGAAACUGUGACACACCUGUUUUUGAAGUGCCAGGUAUCGAGAUAAAUUUGGGAGGAUGAGGGUCUCUUUUCGCUGCUGGAGGAUCGAUCAUUUACAAAAUGGUUGCGGCUGAUUUUUGACAAGUUAGCUACUGGAGAAAUUUGUAGAGUUAUUAUGCUUUUGUGGAGCAUACGGAAGGUUAGGAAUGGGCUUGUGUGGAAGGGUGAGCCCUCCGGUGAAGGUGUGAGACGAGUAGCAGUAGCUUUGCUACUGAGUUGGAAGGCUGCCCAUGAAGAGGAGGGUAGCAGCUGGGAGGUUUCUGGGAAGCGGCAGAGGAAUAGAAAGUGGAAACGGCCUGAGGCGAACCAGAUAAAGAUCAAUGUGGAUGCAGCACAUAAUCCAAGAACAGGUUUGUGGGCUUGGGGACGGGUGAAUCGGAAUUACGAGGGAGAAUUCAUAAAAGCACAGACUCGUGUUGGCAAAUUAGCUUGGUCUCCGGAAGUAGCUGAGGCUUGGGGAGUGAGGGAAGCUAUUUUAUGGGCUUGUGAGAAUGGGUGGAGUAAAACGGUGAUCGAGACAGAUGUGGCCUUGGUUUUAGCGGGAAUUAAUGGCGAUUCGGUUGUGGCCCAGAUUGGGGUCAUCUAUGGUGACAUAAAGAAAAUAAUGAGCGAGGAUUCAAAUAUUCAGGUCCAAUGGUGUAGUAGAGUAGCGAAUAGAGUAGCUCAUACUUUUGCUUGUUUUGCAAUUCCUUUGGGCGAAACCGAAGUAAAUUUCUGUUCGCCGCCGUCUUACAGUGUAAGCCAUUUGGCAAAUGAUUUAAUUUUAUAAAUUGGAUAGUUUUCUUUAAAAAAAGACGUGAUUUGGUGAUUUUGCUAAAAAAAAAAAGACGUGAUUUGGUAAUUUUGUAAACUGCUACCCUUUGGCAGUUUGGGCUAGGGCUUCUGGUUGGAGAAAUUCAGUAUUUUUUGUGUUCUGUAGCUGUAGGUGUGAUAACCUAUUUUUGCAUUCUUUCAUGGUUUCGCUCUUGACCAGGUCUUUGUGGAAUUGGUGAUUUUGC